UCCAUGUGAUGUGAAACACCCUGUUUGUGGAUUAUCAUAAUGUUUUUUUCUUAGUAUUUUACGGUAAAUCGGCACACAUAUUGCGAAAUGUCGAGAUUUCUUUUGAACAAAAGAAUUGUUCCCAGUUUGUUCCAGCAAGAUUUCUUGCUCGCCGGCUCAUGGAUUCCGUCACAGUCUCGGAGGGGAAAGGCCUCAACCCCGAUAAACAUGUGUGUUAUGUUUGUGCCUCAGCAAGAGGCCUGGGUAGUCGAGCGCAUGGGCCGGUUUCAUAGGAUUCUGGACCCCGGCCUGAACAUUCUGGUUCCGGUGGCGGACAAAAUCAAAUAUGUGCAGAGCCUGAAGGAAAUCGCCAUUGAUGUGCCGAAGCAGAGCGCUAUUACCUCCGACAACGUGACCUUGAGCAUCGACGGAGUGCUCUACUUGCGAAUCAUUGAUCCAUAUAAAGCUUCGUACGGCGUGGAGGACCCGGAGUUCGCCAUAACACAACUGGCCCAGACGACGAUGAGAUCGGAGCUGGGCAAGAUGUCCAUGGACAAGGUCUUCCGCGAGAGGGAGUCCCUGAACGUCAGCAUCGUGGACUCGAUCAACAAGGCCAGUGAGGCGUGGGGCAUCGCCUGUUUGCGUUACGAGAUCCGUGAUAUUAGACUGCCCACUAGGGUCCACGAGGCAAUGCAAAUGCAAGUGGAGGCUGAGCGGCGGAAACGAGCGGCUAUCCUGGAAUCAGAAGGUGUUCGCGAGGCAGAAAUCAAUAUAGCCGAGGGCAAGCGGAAGUCCAGAAUCCUAGCCUCCGAGGCCGAGCGCCAGGAGCAUAUUAACAAGGCCAGUGGCGAGGCGGCUGCCAUUAUAGCUGUGGCGGAUGCCAGAGCCCGUAGUCUGCUGGCCAUCGCCAAAUCUCUGUCCCAUUUGGAUGGACAGAAUGCUGCUUCCCUCACGCUGGCCGAGCAAUACAUUGGAGCUUUUAAGAAGCUGGCCAAGACGAAUAACACCAUGAUCUUGCCAUCGAAUCCUGGAGAUGUCAAUGGCUUCGUGGCCCAGGCUCUGGCGGUGUACAAUCACGUUUCCCACUCAAACCAGACCACCAAGUCUUCGGAGAACGCUAAGGGAGUAGGUGCCUGCUUAAACGCAAAGAAUGUUGAAUACAAGGAGUUGCAGGAGGAUAAAAACAGUGUGAAAAUGAAUAUUGAAUAGGAAUGAAUAAAAGGUUGUUGCUAUUA